AUGUUUAUGAGCCUCAAAGUCCUGAAUUCCCCACCUCAGCUACUGACAACGCCCAUUGCUCUUCCCAAACUUCGCUUGUUGCAAGUGGCCAGCCGCAACAACGCAGACGCAGGGCAAACGGCACUGCCAGUCAGUAAUCUCUCCCUUCCUGUUGGAGUUUCGGUGCACGUCAUGCUCCUCGGUCAUGAUGAACGGGAAAUCUCGGAGUCUGAACUCCUCACUUCAGCACUGGUCUCCACAUUUUCAGCAUCGGUAGCGUUCACUCCUCCGAGGCUGCUGCACACCCUAUAUCUUCAGCGAGCCAAAUUGGAAAGAACAGGAGAGUACAACGUGUUCUUGACUGGCAUGAGCAAACAGUUGUUGCUGCCAGCAGCCAAACCCAUAUCGAUCACCCGCUCACCACCAAUGUUGUCACUCGGUAUCUCCGAAGAGACGCGUGUUGUCGCAAUCAUUUCCGCCCUGUGUCUGCGCCUCCCGCUUGGCGAUCCACAGCAUCUCUUCCUCCACUUUGACUUUAUUUCCGCACCGCCUUAUGGACCCAUCUGGCAGUUCUCAACAUUGUUCGGACAGGCCGGGAACCUUCGCACUUUGUCCGUUCAUGGCCAACUAUGCCAGAAGCUUCUCUGCGAGUUGGCCCCACAAAGGGAAGACGUCAUCCUCUUUCCGAAUCUCAAGGAACUGAAACUAUCCGAGUUCGUGUCUUACGAUCGAUAUCACUGCGUAGCGGAGAUCGCGAAGUGUCUCAAGGAGAGGCAGCAGAUCAGGCCGGAGAGCCGCUUGCAGAGACUCGUACUCAACGACUCUGUAGUCACCGACAGUAUUGCAAAACCCUGGCUUAGGAGCGUCGUGGAGGAGCUGAUCUGUGUUUGUAAAUCGAUCGAUGAAGAUGACCUGAUUCUUGAUAGUUGAGGCCGAGAGUGUUGGAACAAA